ACGUUGGUGUUGAGGCCAAAUGUGUUGAGCGGCCACAAAGCUGGGAAGGCAAACGGACAUGAAACAAAUCGAGGGUUGGAUUGAGGGGAAGCGGGGGUGUUGUUGCUUCGUGAUGUCUCGGUUAUAUGUUAAACGAAAUGCUCUGGGGGUUCGGCGACAUCAUGACGACUUCUCCCGCUCAUUUUUCCCAUGCAAAAUUUCUAUGUCACAGCUGCUUUGCACUUCUGACGGGGACAAAAGCGGCUUGGCAUGCGACGGAGUACAGACAGCCUUGGGGACCUCCGGAUGGGAACAAGGCAACGGGCGCACCGCUGUCGAGCCUCAUUCGUGGGAGGACUUGCGUUGGGAGGGCGGAGACUUUUUCGCGGUCACGAAGGCUCUGGAUAGCCGCCGCUCUGUUUGACUAUGAGUUCGUGGGGCCUGCUGGGGUUGGGACGUGUUGGGGGUUGCGCGUUGGAUGUCGGCCGUUCUGCAAAAGCGAAAAAGUGCCGUCAACUGUCGAUUCCCGACCCCGACUGACGGCACCUUCGUGCGGUGACUUUUUUUUCACAUUUCCCAUUUCCGCUCUCAACCCAGAAAAAACACCCCAUUGCCAUGCCCAUCAGAUAAUUCAAGCACGGAAUCUUGCCGCAGUUCAUGAUGCUCUACAGGCACCGAUGGGAUCCCUAGGCUUCGGCUGGAACCCCCCGACCGAACCCGCCGAGCGACUGGCUUUCUGCGAGAUUCCGUGUUCACAAUGUUGAAUGAAGUCGGGGGUGGGAUCGAUAGCUGCGCUUCCCAUCGAGGCCGCAGCGAGAGAUGUAUGAUCACGCCGCUGGUGGGUUGAAAUGAACGGGCUACGCCGCCGGCGUGUGGUCAUUCGCGAGGAGGGGCGGGGUGAUGAUGAUCCAGGAAGCCGUUCAAGAGACCGCUCGCGAAUGAAAGAAAAUGUAUAAGUAACACCACCCCUCCUCCUUGCUGCCCUUUUACGCAAGUCACCGUAUAGUUCUACCAUUCUGGUACUCUUUCCCCACCCCCUCCUUCCAAGAUGCCUUCGGAGCUCAUAAACAGCGCGACCUACAUUCCCUUAACGGAGGACCAGGUAAGGCAACAGCCUUCUCCAUCCAACCUUUGGGUCACUCUCUCAAAUAUGG